UCGGGACGGCCCUGACCCACCUGCUGAGGCGGAAGGGCCAUGAGGUUCAGCAUAUCUCCCGCAGCCCGGGGGCUGGAGUCACCUGGAGCGAUGUGAGGGAGCAGGGUUUACCCGAAUGUGACGCUGUGCUCAAUGUGGCCGGGCAGAACGUCCUCAACCCCUUCAGAAGGGUAUUACCGCCCCAGUCUGACGGUGGAGUACGAUGAGGACAGUGCCGGUGGGGAUUGGGAUUUCUUUUCCGGGCUGGUCCGGGAUUGGGAGCGAGCGGCCUGGCUCCCUCCGGAGGUGGCCCGGGACGUGCGUCAGGUGGUGGUCCGUUCCGGAGUGGUGCUGGGACGGCAGGGUGGUGCGAUGAAGCUGAUGGUGUGGCCGUUCUGGCUGGGCCUGGGUGGGCCGAUGGGGUCAGGCCAGCAGUUCAUGCCCUGGAUCCACGUGGACGAUCUGAGCGGGAUCCUCGCUCACGCGCUGGAGGACCGGCGGGUGGCGGGGGUGUUGAACGGAGUGGCCCCAGCCCAGGUCACCAACGGGGAGUUUGCCAGGGCCCUGGCGCGCAGCCUAUCCCGGCCCUCAGUGCUGCCCCCAGUGCCUGCUGUGGUACUGCAGGCCCUGCUGGGCACUGAGCGGGCAGUGCUGCUGCUGGAGGGUCAGAGGGUAAUUCCCAGGAGAACCCUGCAGAGCGGGUACACAUACCUCUACCCCGAGCUCCACACAGCCCUGAGGGACAUUGUGUCCUGACCUCUCAUGGAGAUCGGAACUAGGGUGGGGGGGGUGGUCAGAGGGUGAUACGGUCAGGGGGUCAGAGGGCGGUGAGGCUGGAGGGUUGGACGGUGGUGAGGUCGAGGGUCAGAGGGCCACUGAGGUCAUGGUAUGGUGGGGUCGAGGGUCAGGGUGGUGAGGUUGCGGGAUAGUGAGGUCAAGGCUCAGAGGGGUACAGGCCACGGGAUGCUGAGGGUGAGGGUCAGAGGACGAUGAUGUCAAACAGAGGGCGGCGACAUUUGAGGGUUAGAGCACAGUGCGGUCAGGGGUCAGAGGGCGGUGGGGUC